UUGGCAGCAGCCACAGUGAUAGUGUCCCAACCCGAAAAAUGCCUUUUUGUUGAUUUAAUAAUAAUAAUAUUAGUCGUGUCGUGACAUUCAGUGAUUCGUUUAUUGCCUUCCAUAAUUAGUGAUAAUGAUAAGGAUAUGUCGUUUCGUGCGAUGAAACAGAGUCACAAGUUGAGGAAAAAUGAGCCAUCCGGUACCAGCCCCCAGGUCGAACCCCCCCGACGUCAAAAAGCCCGUCCCCACGCCACGCAAAAGCACAAAACAAAAACCUGAACCCCUUGAAGAGCACACCAACACCUUCUCCAGAAGAGUGCGUUCUUUGAGCAAUGCUUCACGGCAAAUCGCUGAAGAUAUCGGCGAGUUGGUCCAAGACAAGAAGAAAGCUGUGAUUGCAGGAACAAGACAGAGUGUCCGCAGAAUCACCAAGCGUUUCAAUUCGUACCACUCGGAGUCUCCACAGGACCCGGAGCCUGCAGAGGACGACUUUGGGGACACUCUCGACAUUUUCAACUCGAUCAGUUUCCAGUCGCCGCUGAGUUCGACUUCCGCCAUUUACAACAAUGUGGAGGAGGAGUUCAACGCGCCGCCUCCGACGCAUCCGCCGCCACCGCUGCCCCAGGAGUGCAUUUACGACGCCCCGGCGUCCAUUUCUGGGGGCAGUACGAGCAAUUCGGAACAGUCGAAUCUAGGAGGUUAUCCCUCGAAUUACGAAAGUGUUUUUCCGGUUUAUUCGAACAGUGAUUCGGACUUGUCCAGGUCCGGCUCUUGGAGAUUCUACGAUCCGGUCAAUAAAGUCGAGAAUAUUUACAAUGAUUUGGACGCGGUGGGUCAGAGGAUUGAAUGCGAUGUUAAUUCGAAUGUGAGCGAAUUUUCCACGGAAGUACGAAAUUCGUUGUAUGAAAAUCACACAAUUGCGGCGAGAGUACAAGCAGAGAAGAAAUGUCGAGAGAGUGUUAUAAUGCAGUUUGAUCCACUGAGAACUGGUAAUUCUGCUGGUGAAAAUGUGUGUUUCCCCCAAUCCGUUCUUCCGUCCGAAGACAUUAAAAUGCUCGAGGAGUACUUCCAAGGCGACCUCUACGGAAAUGUUUCCAUCACAAGGACUCUCGACGAGUGGAGCAUUUCGAACGAUUCAGAACCGGAGGAAUUCAUUACACCCCCAACACCUCCAGUACGUAUCGAUUCCCUCCCCGAAGAAGAACAAUCCCCCCGAGAAAAAUCCAGAAGUCAGUGGUUCACUAGUUCAGAUUCUGUCAAAGAAAAUAAAGAAGAACCGAAAAAAUUCGGGUGGUUGAAACAGAUCAAGGGGGCACUUGAAAAAGCCCCCGAUGUGGUCAAAGGUGUGAGGAACAAAGACGCAGUGGUCCAAAGACCCGAAUUGGAAAUGAAGAGUUUCGUGCACAAGAAAGGAAUGUUGUAUAAAGUGCAAAGUGGGCCAGUGGAGGACAUCUUCGGGGAGUACAGCGGAAGGUGGUGCAUUUUACAGAAUUCGAAUUUUAUUUGCUACUCGGAUAGCACUUGUGAUACUGUCAAGGAGCAUUUUCCGGCCGAGAGCAUUUUAAGUGUGCAAAUUUUGCAAGAUCCUAAAUUUAAAUACAAAUACGACAACGACGACCUUCACUGUUUCGAACUCAACACGACUGGAAAAAGUCGCGGAGGUCACAUCUACGGAACACGCGACAUUUCCGAGCGACGCGUAUGGAUGCAAUGCAUCGCCGAAAGUCUAACGAAGAAAUUUCCCGUGAAAAUCACCACGGAUUACACACGAAUGGGAUGGGCGUAUCUCCGGGAAGGCGUCGGUGGUCGAUGGGUGGGCGCCUGGCUCAUGCUAUCCCACAGGACUCUGUACUACGCCGUCGAUAAUCAACCCACCAAGGUGAUGGACUUGAGAAAAGUGCGAUGUACGGUGUUGCAAGUGUACCAAGAGAGCGAUAACAAUCCGCGGACUAACGAUAAAGGGCCUAAUAUCGUGGUGGAUACACCCGGGGUUACUUUGUAUUUGCGCAUGUGGACGUCCAGGGAAACAAAGGUUUGGUGUCAUAUUGUUAAGUUGGCAGCACACAACAAUGGGGCACACUUGGACCAACAGCAGUUGACGAAAAAUGAUAUUCCAGUUUUAGUGGAAAAAUGCAUCAACUUUAUUUACACUCACGGAAGCAUGACUGAGGGGAUUUACAGACGUCCGGGGACUAAUACAGCAGUUGCCGAAAUCCUGGCACAAUUCCGUAAAGACGCUUGGGCUGUGCAAUUAACAAUUGAUAAAUAUACCGAACACGACGUUGCGACGGCUUUGAAGAGAUUCAUCAGGGAUAUACCUGAACCAGUCCUCACCAAUAACCAACGGCAAUAUUUACAUCAAGUCUCUUUGGUGAAAAAUAAAGACGAGAAGAUACGAAUGUACAAAGCGGCCUUAGACCAACUCCCACCAAUUUCAUACAAAACGGCUAAAAAACUCCUGGGACACCUUCACUUCGUUGCUUCACAAAGCAAGAAAAAUCUGAUGAAUGUGGAUAAUUUGGCUGCUGUUUGGGGUCCGAGUUUGAUGCACCAAGAAGUAAGACGCUUCGUAAUAAAUCAAAAUUUCUUAUGUUUUUUUAAGGAAAAGGACAACAACUCUGUCGGAAACACCAAACAUGUUCAAAAUACUGUGGUUGUGCGACAAUUACUGGAAUUAUAUCGAGAUAUUUUUCCAGAAGAUCCGGCCGAAAUUGAAAAAGAAAAAGUCAUGUUGCAGGUAUUGGAAAAACACACUAAGGCCCUACAAGGCGCUUCUAAUAAUGCGAAAAAGGCGGGCGAUUUUCGAGUGUGGAUUUAUUUGCAUAAUAAGGAAGGACAACCAAUGAAUGUUGCAAUUGGCCCAAAUAAAACUGCGUAUGAAGUUUGUGUGGAACUGAGUCCGAAAAUCAAUAUGCCGGUCCACGAGUUGGUUUUGGAGGAAGUAGUUUUGAAUGACAGGUUACAACGACCUGUGCAUUUUUCAGAGAAGGUGCUGGAUAUAGUCCUUCGAUGGAGUUACUGGGAGGAAUCAGACCGAAAAGAUAACCAUUUAGUUCUUCUUCCUAUAGCGAAAUAUUCUGACUUUAUUCACGACAAAUCAACACCAAUUUCUGCAGAGCUCAAAUUUUCUGAUAAUAGAUCGAGAAAUUUCAAAUUGUACACUUUUGAAUUCUCCCAAACUAAACUUAAUUGUUUUAAGGAUAAAACGUGUGAAGAAAAACUCUUCAGUUACAAUAUUGAAGACAUCAUGUGGUAUUUAGGUCACGAGUCCAAAAAAAGUCCACAGUCGAGAUGGACGAUCACAUUUAUCGAAACGAAAAUGCAUCCACAACGUACCAAAAACUGUCCCUAUUUUGGUAAUGUGUUGGUCUGGGGUGACCCACAAACCAGAGCCAAGUGGUUAGGUGCGAUGUUAAAGGCAAGAUAUAGGGAGAGUUUAAUCCAGCCAGCUAUGCAUAUCAAUUUAAUGGUCAACUGAGUUACCAAAUUAGUGUUUUAGCCAAAUUUACUUAUUUUUUACUUAAAACGCACCUUUUUACGUACUAGAAAUUAAGGUAAUGCUGAUUUCUGUGUGUAUUUUUUACACAGAUGUAAAACUGCUUGUUUAAGUAACGGUAUUUGGCAAAAAAUUCAUCAUUGGUUGGUAGUAACUCAGGGUUGGGUGCUUCGGUUUUAUUUAGAUUUUAAAAUGUUUACUGCGUAAUCCGGUUUUAUUUAUUUUUUAUUAUUUAAACAUAUUUAUGCAUUAAGCGAUAAUAAUAUUGCGUUCGAGGCGAAGCCAAGAUACAGCAUGAACAAAAAGCACUCUUUAUUUGACCGAGUGGAUUUUUAAACCACGAGUGUAACGAUUGGUUUAUCAUCCACGAGGUGGAAUAAUGCGUCCGAUUUACACUCAAACGAGUUGAAUACAACAUUUUAUUCUUCGAAUUA